AUGAUCAACUUGAUAACGAACAAACAAGUUUGUUCACAAGGCGUAUAUAAUAUAGUUGAAAUUCUUAAUGAAAAUUUCGAAAAGAUUCGUUUACGUCUCAAUAUUAAAACUUUAGAUGAAUAUUAUAAUAUAUCUCAAUCAUAUUCUCAACUAUUUACACAACAACAACAGUUUGCACAAUCAACUGAAACUUUAAAUAUAAAAUCAACAAAUGAUGAUCGUGCAUUUACUGAUCUUAAUCUUCGUGUAUCAAAACGUAGUCUUCAUACAACAAUGCAAACAUUCAAAAUUGAUUAUUCCUUAGUGAAUCGUACAGAACUUAAUUGGCCAAUAUUAUUUACACAUAUUAUUGUUCGAUUAAAACCAAGUAUUAUUUAUCAUUUAGUUACAUUAAGAUUUGAAUUUCAAUCAAAUUCAUCAUCAUCAUUGAACGAUACAGAACGAUUAGCUGUUGGAAAAUUAAUUCAAUUGUUAGCUUCGUUUUUUAAUGAAAAACAAUGA